AAAUCAAGAGUGAAAACGAUAUACUGUACUGUUUGGUAGCUGCUUACUACCUACUGCCUGAGGUAGUAAUGUACUAAUGUGUCGGUGUUGUCUUGGGUGCUCAGGUGAGGAGGGAUCCAUAAACUCGAAAGUGAUUCUCAACAUUUUUUAUAAGUUGUCACGGGCAGUGAACGUAGAUGUGGUGGUGAUCGGCGGUGGUGUGGCUGGCCUCUCAGCGCUCAACACUCUAUUCACCCACGGAGUGAAGGACAUUCUACUGCUUGAGGCUCAAGACCGUCUCGGGGGAAGAGUGCAUACCAUCAGGCAAGAUGGAGUGUUGGUGGAGGAAGGGGCAGAAUGGAUCCAUGGUGGGGAGCAGAAUUCCCUCUACAGGCUGGCCACUAAGCUAGAUGCUGUAGACACCAACCUGCCUGAUGAUGCUUGGGACCACCGUUUUGUGACCCAGGAUGGCAGGCUGGUUGACUCGGAAGUCUAUGAAUUGGCGGAGUUGCUGAUGAAUAAGUGUAAAGAAAAUGGGAUGCUGGUUCCCUUUUACAAUACUAGCUAUGGCCAGUACUAUAUAGAUAGAAUUCAGGAAGCUUAUAGGCCUGGGAACAACACUGCUUCAGGGAAGGCUCUUCUGCAUUAUCUGGAGCAUAUGGUUAACUAUGAGGAAGGAACAGGCAGUUGGCAGGAUAUGUCUGCCAGGGAUGCUGACCAGUUCAUUAACUAUGGGGAUGACCACCAGUGGCAGGAUGGUUAUGACACCUUAAUUUCUCAACUCACGGUGGGCAUUCCUGACUCAACAAUGAAAUUAUCCUCACCAGUAUGCAAGAUCUUUUGGGACACUCCUGAUCAAGCCCGGGUGCUGGUGGUUACACUCGAGGGUGACACCUUUCUGGCCCAGCACGUCAUUGUCACUGCAUCAAUUGGCCAUAUACGAGAGCGACACAAACAUAUUUUCAGUCCUGAGCUUCCAGCAAGUUUAGUCACAGCUUUCAUGGCUGUACAUCUGGGAGUAGCAAAUAAGGUGCAGGUGGGCUGGGAUGAACCCUGGUGGGGAACUGACCCACUUGAUCUUCACAUUAUUUGGACCACUUUUGACCUCCCACUGGACAUGUCAUGGCUGUAUGGUGAGGUGAACAUAUACAGCAUUCAUCGUCAUCGGGGGGUGUUGCAGCUGUUUGUCACAGGAGCUAAUUCCAUUCACGUGGAGAACUUGCCCGAGGAUAUCAUUAAGAAGCAUGUCCUCUACCUCCUCAAAAGAGUUACUGGUGAAAACAUCCCUCAGCCCACCUUCUUUAGGAGGUCAAGGUGGAGCAGUAACCCUUGGACACGGGGAUCAUACUCCAGCUACAUAACUGUAUCUGGGGCCAAAGCAGGAAUACACCAUCGUGACCAAUUAGCAGUCCCACUCACCAACUCCAAAGGCAAAGCACAACCAAGACAACUUGUUCAUGGAGCAUUUUACUGGAGAAGAUGGAGAGCUGGUUGGACAUGAAAGUGGUGUAGGAUCAUUUUAGGAGACGAUGGUCAGUCUUACGCAUGCCCCUCUGAAUACACUGGUGAGUACCUAACGUAUUGUAUUUUUUCUGUCCAGUAUUAUUUAAAAAUUAUACUUUUGUUGCAAGAAAUACUCCUGUCCCAAAGACAUCUCUUAAGGAACCACAUUACACCGACCUCUUGUCCAGCUAUUUCUUUUAGUGCUCCAUUCUCCAGGAGUGUUAAAAGAGGUGUGCCUGUACAGUAUAGGGUACUUGAUAAUGCCCACAAAUAACAUGGUGAAAAGGGGAGAAGUGGUACUUGGAAUAAGAAUUAGGAGGAGCAUACAAUAUCUGAUAAUUAAUUUAUGCAAGUAAGUUGUAACAUGGAUACACCACUGCAUGAAGUGGAGAUUUAUAAAACUAACUAGAAUCUGAAACUAAAAAAAAGUAUCUAAAAUUUCUAUUGCACUGUACUGUAUAACCAAGUCUUUUCUGGGUAAUGUGUGUAUAAUCACCAAUGUUUUUAGUUGUAGAAAACUCGAGAAAUUCCUUGACACUGACAGCUGGGCCUGUCAUACUGAUUAAUUAUAUCUUGCCAUUACAACCAUAUACCUUAAACAAAGAUAUGUGAAAGGAAAAGCUGCCAUUGAAGACUGAUGAGCUGUGUGCACUUUGCCUAUUCACUGCUGUUAGCCAUAGUGGAACUGCCUGACCUAAGCCAAUAAUAACCAGCCAACCUCAUGGCAUUUCCAUUUAGAGGAUGGAGCCUGAAGGGUAUCAGCCACCUAGUACUGUACAGAUUUUUAUGAAAUGGAAUUCCUAGGAUCCAUCAUUUAUAACCUCAUGUCUGUUCUAGGCAACUUUUGUAUCCAGUGUCAACUAGAUAAAGGGAGGAAGAGAUAAAAUAAUCUCCCAAGUGGUAAUGUGACACGCACCCUAUAAGGUGCAUGUACCCUAUAAGGUACAAAAUAUACAUCUUACAAAUUUCCAAAUGCCACACAGUCCCACUGCACUGACCCAAGCUUGGUAAAGCUUCCUAGAGGAUUCAUACUGUAUGGGACCACACCAAAUACCUUGUAAAAGUGGCAUUAUUCUUAGUAGGGUGAAUAAGUUUCCGGUGUGAACUUUGCAAAAUUUAACAAAAAAUUAUGUCCCUUCUUUCCAACUCAUGUCAAAAAUAACAAUUACUUCAAAAAAGAUCAAUCUAAACCUGAAGAAAAAGAGGGAACCUGAACAGGCCCUUGGUUAUAAAAUGGGUUUUCAUGUUAUAAUCAUCCUCCUUUAUUUCUUGCCACAUAUCCCUGCCAUAUUAAUUCACCUUUAUGAGGGCACUCUCUUUGUAAAAACUCUCAUUCUUUAGAUAAUAUAACAGUAUAGUCUACUCAUCUUCAAAGUCCAAAUCCAUUUUCCUAUAAACAAUAAGUAUUUCUGCUUCCUUUCCACCAUUCUUGCUGCAUGCUUUCCCAAAACACCAAUAAGGCUGUAUCCAUUACCUUCAGCAUUGUCUCUUCGAAGCUAUUUUAGCCUUACACAAAACCAACCAAUACAGUAUUGUACUCUACUGAACAGUAUAUUGCACUCUUUGCAAUUAUCAUAAUACAUGUGACAAUAUCCUCUAUGAUAAAGCUUUUCUCUAUUUAAUAAUCACAAAAAGAAAACUUAAGAAUGUAACAUUAUCAUUGGAAAUGUGGUGAAAUUUACAAGUACAGUACUGUACUGAUAAAUGAAUAUCACAAAAUACAUUUGCAUUACCAUCACACUGCAAUAUCUCUUAAGAUAUAUGCAAGUAGCCCAAAAAUUUACAGAAAUUGGGUAAUUUGAAUACAGUACAUCAUACUACAAAGAAAAUUUGUUGAGGUAUCUACGAAUCUACAGUGCUUUAACACAUCAGUCAUAAAAACCAAGUGCCGUCUUGAAGGACUGCAAAACAAAAUUCAUGCUACUAUACUAAACAAAAAAAUUACAAGAAAAAUACAACACACAAUGUACGUAUGCAUAUUCACUUACACCAAGCAGGGGCGGACAUUGCAAAUUUAAGAAAGAAGGCAAAAACAUCAACCACUACACCUGUUCUGAAACUGAAGUGGGAAGAACAUAAACACGACUAUCUACCGUAGUGUUCAAAAUGAGCACUGCACGGGACUAAUAUUAAUACUGUAUAUAAAAACCAUACAUACUCAACAUAAAUAUACAAAGAUGGGAAGAACCACUAGAUAAUUAUUGGCUGCCCCCACUGGUGGUAGACUGAGUGCCGAAGCGCAGUAUCUUGUACCGCUGUAACAAUGCAGUACGUAGCUCUUCUGAGUGGUCUCUGUCCCUCGUCUCACAUAGCACCUUCACCUGUGAGACACCACCACAUGCUAUAUCUAUAUCUGCACAAUUAUGAAUUUGUGCAGUCACUUUCCUUUUCAUCGACAAAAACUGUGCUUCAAAAUAACCUUUCCCCACAAGAUAAACUCCUUUCACAAUCACUAUGCUGUUACUGUAUAUAAAAAUGCCACACAAUGAAAGCAGUAUCAUUUUCAGUCAUAAAUAAAACCUGACCUAUUUCAGUUUACUUCAGCACAAAAUUAUCAUCUUUCCUUCAUGUAAACACAACCAUGGUAUCACAACUCAGCAACCAUGAUCACCACUUUUUUAACCAUAUACUAGACCAGUGCUUGUACAAAACUACACUAUUGUUAUGAAUACUAAACAAAUACUUUAUCAUGACCAAUACCACUACCUCUGCUCAAGAAAACCAAUCUUAUUAGCACCACCACACCAUGACCAUCACCACCGUACCACUACUUUACACAGUUAUCAACAUCGAGUAAUAUCCACUUCAUAUACUGGAAAGACCAUUAUUAUUCAUAAAUUCAGAUACUGUAAGCACCCUAAUUACUCUGGAGUGGCAGCUUAGUUCAGGGCUUUGAUAAUUCAGUGCAUAUAUUCAUGACUAAAAAGUUGAUUAUAGCACAUGAAUAAUAGUGAUUACAUCAUUAUGAAUCAUUAGCACCAUUCCUACUCCCUUCCAUCAGUCUACAAAUUGACAAUAGAAACCAGCGUACAAAUAAAAAACAAUUCCACAAUGUAAACAAUAUAAACCAAAGCACAAAUUUAAAAACCCAUUCCACAAUAUAAAAACAGACUCCAGAGUACAACAAAAAAUAAAUAAAUAAUAAUAAAAUCCACAAAAUGAGCUCCUGCACAUUAUAAUUUCCUGGCUGAAGGAGUUUACUGUACUGUACAGCCAAGUUGCUUACCAAAAUUAUAUUAUCAAGAUCACAUGGCAAAUGAUGGUCCUCAUUGAAAUACAGUAUUAAAUCUCUAAACUUAAAUACAUUUCAUAUUAGUGAGAUUAAAACUCCAGUUUGCUUGUAUGCUUCAUAACUUACUGAGAAGCCCUUCAUACCUGUUCACUUAAUACAUGACAAAUAAUUAACAAAGACAUAAAAAAAACAGAGAAAGCAAAAUGAAUGGAAACCUGGGAUUAACAUGUACUACUGUACAGUAUCAAAUGUUAACUUUUACCUUCCAUCAUUUCUCUCUCUCUAAAAAAAAAUAUAUAUAUAAAAUUAUUGGGCACAUUUGAAGCUAAGUUUUACAUGUGACUCAAAAUCUAUCAUAAUUCUCAAACAAAAAAAGUAACUAACAGUAGUAUUCAUUGUGAAACUCAAAAGUCAACCUUCAAAGCUGUAAAAAGAUGAGGGCCUUCAGAUCUCAUGUUACUGAAAUUUCUGAGGUGUAUAUCUUUUAUACAGAGGUAUGUAUUCUAAAUUUACCUGUAGUGAUUGUCAGAAGACCUGCAAGUUUGCCUACAGUGCACAGUGAUAUAUAUUUCAAGUACAGUACAGUAUAAACCAAAUGAGUAAAGGGUUAGUCGAAUGUGAUUAAAUAACAUCCAGGUGUCAAUGUAAAUGGUGUUUUCACCAAACAAAUAUGGUUAUGAUGGCAUUAAAUUAUCUGGGUUAGCAACAUGGCCAAUAUUCACUACCAAGAAUGUGCUAUAAUACUUAUCAGACCAAAAAUAAAUCCAUAAAGACUGAGGAAACUUAUCAAGCAGAAAAAAAAAUAUUCAUGUUGAGAGGCAGAAACACAAUAUUAAUGCUACAUUUUGUUGAACUUUGGAGAAGAGGAAAAUGAGUCCACAGAAUCUAUGAGGAAUAAUCAGGUUGAAACUACAGUAAAAUGGUCAUGAAUUACUGUGCAGUACAGUAUCUGAAUUUCUAGAAAUCAAAAGCUAUAAGUCUCAAAUGAUUGAGUCUAGUACAGUAUUCCUGUAUAUCCUACAAUAUUUUUCAUGAUCUAUAUGAGUUUAUCUAAUAAAGGGCUAUAAAUCUAAAAUUACCUGGGCUAGCAGCAUAUCUAAGAAACUCGAGCAAUACCCGUCAUACUUUUCACACCAAAAUUGAAAACAACCCACAAAGUCUAUGGAAAAUUAGCAUACAGCAUCCAAGUCUAUCAUGAACUGACAGAUGGACAGACAUCAUCACUAUUAUAAUCCCUACAAACUUAAAAAAAAAUGUUAGUGACUGUUAACACUAACAAUGACUAUGACACUGAGGUUUGGCAUAAGCUUUCCUGCAUUUCAUGCAGGCAAGAUCUUAUACUUUUGGUAUUUAAUUGAACUUUGUUCACUGUACUGUACUUCUCUAACUUCAUGUUUCAUAACAUAAAGAUAAAAGGUACAGUAUUACCCUUAUGAUUAUUUAGAUCAGAGUUAAACUUCCAUAAUUUGCUGCAGAAAAAAUAAUAUCUGUUUUACACUCACAUGCACACCAGUCACUAACUGUAAUGACUUUAAUGCAAUACAUUCUACUGUAUUACAAAAGCUGGAUACUAACUAAAAAUCUAUUCUGUUCAUAUGAAGUAAUGUUUAAUGAACAAAGACAGUAACAAACAAACCUACAUUUUCAAGUUUAAACACAAGUAGCUGGUAUAACAGCACAUGCCCUUGACACAAAGAGAAACACCUGACCUUUUAAAUUUCAAUGAGCAUAACUUGUUCAGUAAAAUGAAUCCUCCACAAACUCUGAGGGCAGCUUAAACAAUAAUACUGUACAGGUAUCCUAUUUAAGUUCAGUACUGUGCAACAAAUAUCUUACUAAUACAAUUAGGACUUGUUGAGGAGGUCAACACAAAAUUGCCCACUAGUGGAGAAGACGUGCUGCACACACCUGUAGCCAAUAUAAUUGCCAUAUCACCCCACUCUUUUAGUCCAGGUCUAAAAAAAUGGAUUCACCUUAAUACUGUAAUCAAAACAGAACUAUCUAGUAGGAAACUACUCUUUUAUUAGUUUAGUAUCUUUUUGCCUGAUUAACAAGACCACUAAUAACAACAUUGUUUUUGUGCCUCAAUGCAACUGACAUUUUCUUUAUUUAGUUUCCUCUAUCCUUUUUGGCAACUGUCAGCUUACUCGUCAGUCAGGUGGCCUGUCAGUUCUCUCUUACUCAUUGCUGGCAAGUACUGGGCUUGCACAGGCUAUUGAAUGUUUAGAGCUCAUUCCUAGGCAGGUUAUUAAAAGUGUUCACAACUCUUACUCUGAAGAAGUUUGCACUGUCAGUUUUCUCUCCAAAUAGCAUCUUUAAAUUAAAGCUGUGACCUCAGGUGAAGCACCCAUCCACUAACUCCACAUAUGUACAUUUGACUGAGGAAUGUUCUUUCAGGUGAUUUUCAGUUACUCCAAAAAGGUGAAAUCUGGUAAUUAAUUAAAAUACAAUCCCAUCUAACAUCUGAAUUCAAAACAGAUGACAAUGUGCUUCCACAAUUUAUGUCUUCAGACAAACUCAGGUACAUCUCGAUGCUAAUGAUGCAGUCUCAAGACUCUCAUUAUGUUUUCAUACUGACAACAUUAAAAUUAUUUUGAGUAAUAUUGUAUUGUACAGUAUAUAAGUUACUCUAACAUUGUUCAAAGCAUGUCUUUUCUUUAGUUUCUGGUACCCAUUAAAAUUCAUACCAGCAAUGCCUCCAAAUUCAUUAAUUUCAGAUCAGUGAUUACUGGGUGCUUAAUCACACUCUUUACUCAACCUCAACAUACAUUCAUCCUGUACACCUUCUCAUAUUACUUUACCUCUACACUGAAGAUGUCACUCCUGAUCCACGCUCUUUCAUGAACCAUAUCCUUAAUGGAGACGCCCAGGUUUGCCAACAGCCGUGUUAACUCAGCGAUUCCUGAGACACAAAAGUGAGACUUAAUUUAAUCCUACAAAUUAGUUUAAUGUUAAAUCUGACAAAGCAGAGAUGUAUUGUUAUGAGUAACAUUUGUAAUCACAGUUGUGGAAUACUUGCUAAAGUUCAUAAAGAUAUGUAAAGGUACUGUAUAGCAAAUUUAAGGUAGGAUAUACAGUACUACAAAAUCAGUUUCAUUCAUCAUCUUCAAAGUUAACAUUCCCUUACUAAGAUUCCUGUUUUUAGUUAAUUUAUUAAAAUUUAAGAGCUACCCUUCAUGCUAAAUACUAUACUCUAAUUAUAUUCCAGUCUGACUAUUUAACUUGCUAACUACCAAUUCUGUCUUAUAUAUGACAAUCGACCAUCUUUUCUGCUUCCCUCAUGCUCAUUAUACUAACCUCCGGGUCUAUCACUGACAGUGACAGUGAACUUGACAAGACGGCCAUCUGCGGCAAGACCACGCUCCAAACAGCGACCCAAUACUGUUGUGUCAAUGUUGCCUCCACACAGGGGGAUCACCACUCUGGGAUAGAAGUAGGUAAGAUUGAAGUUAAUAGGACUCAAUGAAUAACCAUCUAUGUUAUAUUAUAGAAUUGGUUGUAGAAUUCUUAUGGAGGGAACUAUCCAUUUUUUUAAAGUAACUUUCAUGUAGACAAAAUUACGCUACCUCUUAAAUCUAACUUGAGUCUAUGAGUUGUUAAAGUGACACUGCCACUGCUAGUCAUGAUUAUAUCCUAAAAGGUAUUGCAUAAUAGUAAGUGAAAAGAAAAUAAACAUUACAUUUACAAGUUGCCCAUCUACAAAUAGAUAAUACUGUAAUGAAACACUGAGUGCUCAGUAAUAUUGCUUCACAUUGUGUAAUUGCAGAUUUAUUAUUGAGAUUUACCUCUUUCCCUUGAGUUCCGGCAGUUCCCCAGCAAGAAUAGCAGCAAGGGCUGUGGCUCCUGCACCCUCAACAACUGCUUUCUCACACUCAACUAAGCGUAAGAUGGAGAUGGCUAUCCAUUCCUCCCUCACUGUCACAACCUUAUGAUGUAAAAAUUUUAUUCCAUGGCAGAUAUAUGAAUCAGAUAAAUACUGUAUAUGAUAUCAGAGAACAUGUACAAUACUGUACCGUAGUUACAAAUGCAACUAAAAUGUACUGUACAAGGAAUUAAGACAUUUCACUGUAAAAUUAUCUGGCAUUGUGACCCAUCACUCUUGUACAUUACCACCUUAACUCACCUUAUCGACCAGCUUGGAAGCAGUAGCAAAGGCAUUGAUGCCAACCAUGGGAACAGCCAAACCAUCAGCCAGUGUGGACUCGGCUUUCACAUAAACAGGUCUUCCAGCCUUCAUGGCAGCACUGAAGCUGGCACAUUUUUCUGAUUCCACACCCUACCAAGCCAGACACACAAAUGAGGUUUGCUAAUACAAAUUUCUAAAGCUUAUUUUAUUUUUUUAUUUAUUUUUUUUUUUUUCAUAAUUAUUAUUCAAAGAUUGCCUAAUACUUUUACUCUACUAAUAAAGCCUCAUUGGGAACUUCAGUGAGAGGAACAAUAUCCUGGGCACUGAAGAAACAGGAGACAGCAUGAUGGCAUUUACCAUUUGCAAAAAAGCCUCUCAUUCACCUUUAAUAAGAAGAGUUGGCCUAGUGUGUUUCAUUGAAGCCAAUGAAUAAAACUGAUUUAAUUGUAAA